AUGAGCACAAUCGACAGUAACCAUGUCAACCUCCUGGACUGGUUCGCCGAGAACACGGACAAUACGCGAACUCUCUUUUCAGAUCUGAGUCAGAAAUGGGAGCUUGACAAGUACAACCCUGCGAUGCAGAGCAGCCUCCGUUAUGACGACUUUGCAUCAUCCGAGGCCAUUGUGUUAAGCUACUACAAUGAAGUCAAGGCUAUGUUGAAAAGCGUUACUGGAGCGGUGGACGUGUUGCCAUUUGAUUUUCAGGUCCGCCGCAACGAUCCAUCACUUGCCGUUAACUCGAGGGGUGCUCCUGGAAAGGCACAGCCAUUCUCGACAGUACAUGGUGAUCAAACGGCCAACGCGGCCAAGCGCCGUCUUUUCCACUUCCAUCCAGAAUACGCUGAUCGUGUAUGGAAGCCGCUCCGUGGCCCCGUCUCCGACUUUCCGCUGGCAGUGUGUGACUAUCGCACCGUACAAGAUGAUGACCGCGUACCAUGCGACAUCAUUUUCCCCGACUACCUCGGCGAAACGUACAACUUUUGGCCAAAUCCACAGCACCGUUUCUAUUACAUCGAUGGCCAACAGAGCAAUGAGGCCUGGUUGGUCAAGUGCUUUGAUUCCGCCACAGCCACAAAUCCCAAUAUCGCACAAUUCGCGCCACAUGUCGCAUUUCCCUACCUGUCGGCCAGGCCGAAAAUUCCGCGGGAGAGUAUUGAGGUCCGGACCUUUGUCUUUUACGGUGACAAGCAAGAAGCAGAAGCGGAGUAG